AUGUCACUCCUUUCUUUCCACUGGCACUCGCUUUUUAUUUACUUGCAUUCCUUGCUGUCGUCCUCUAGUACAGUGGGUAAAAGCACCGGACUUCUGGACUCUGGAAAUUUCAUCCUCGGGCCAAAAUGGCAGGCUGCUUAUGGGAAAUCAAAGACCUUCGUUGCCGGCCUAACAAACCAGGAAAAGGUUAAGCUCACCACUGGCUCUGACGUACCCUCUGCAAACUGGACAGCUUUGCAAUUCAAAGACGGCGAUCAAGGUCUUAUUGGCUACUUCUACGCAUCCGGAUUCGCCGAAACCUCAACCCUUGUUCAAACCUUUGACAGAGACUUGAUCUACCUUCAAAUGAACGCCGUCGGUGACGAAAUAUACAAGAAAGGAUUCCAGGUGGUUAAUGGUCCGACAUCAGGCCCUCUUGGAAGGAGUCCAUGGGGUGGACGACUUGUCGAAGGACUGGGGCAGGACUAG